AUGCCUGUGUUUUUGACGAAAGAAUCGCUUACACCUGUGCUACCAGCUUGGGACACGAAAGGCAGGCUCGAGGACAUGGAGCAGUAUUUCAUAGCGCUUAAGUCCGAGGUCCAAGCCGCUCAAUCUUCGAAAACUUCGCUGGACGAGUCCUUGGCGCUGUACAAGAGCAGAUUGCAAGAGGUUACUGCGGAGAACCAGGAGCUCUCGGCACGCAACCGCACCUUAACCGCUGAUGUCGAGCGAGCACGUAACGACCUUCACACCACAACGACCGACUUUACCCAUGCACGUCGCGACCAUGAGCGUGCCAUCCAGGAUCUAGAGACACGUCAUGACCGAGAGCUUGCAAGCGUCUCGCAGAAACUUGAAAAGGAGGUGGAGCUCGUAAGUAGAGAGCGCGAAAGGGAUGCGGAUCGCUUCAGGCGGGAGAUGGAUGAGGCGAAGCAGCAGUGGAGGCGGCAGAAAGAUGAUGAGACGGCUGGCUUGACGACGGCACAUUGGGAUGAGUUAGCGCAGUUGAAAGCAGACCACGGAACGGAGACUGCGGCAUUGCAAAGACAGGUGGACGAACUACGACUGGCUGGAGAAAGCCGCGCGACGGAGUCAGCGGGUGAGGUUCAAAAUCUACGUGAUACGAUUAUGAAUCUCGAAAAUCAGCUUCAGUCAGCCAAUGUUGUGGCGGAAAGUCUGCGUACGCGCAUUGCUGCCGACGAAGCUAGAUAUGCAGCCCUGGAGCAGGAGAAGGCAGCCCUCGUCUCGAAAACGCACUUUCUGGAAGGCAAUCAGGAAGCGCAGAGUCUGGAGUUCACGACCAUGAGCCAGAAGCUGCAGGACGCCAUAGAUGCCAAAGACGCUACGCUAACUACACUCCGCAAGGAGGAAAUGCUGCGACGGAAGCUGAACGCUACGAUCUUGGAACUUCGAGGCAAUAUAAGAGUGUUUGCGCGCACUCGGCCGCUUCUUCAGGGAGAAGAGGAGCCGGCAAAGGUGGACUAUCCGGAUGUGGAUGCGCUUGACGGAGGCAAGGAGAUGGUGGUUCACGCACCGACGACGCUGUCUGCGACUGGCAAAGAGCGUAACGAGAAGCACAACUAUGCCUUCGACCGCGUAUUCGGACCUUGCUCGGCCAACGAUCAAGUCUUUGCGGACUGCCGCGAUUUGAUCCAGAGCGUUGUGGACGGCUACAACGUUUCCAUCUUGUCAUACGGACAAACCGGAAGUGGCAAGACGUACGGAAUGUCUGGACCGGAUGGCAUUAUACCCUCUUCCAUUGCACUGCUGUUGUCGGAAAUGCAGCGCUUACUGGAGAAGGGAUGGGAGUAUGCGGUUGAAGCGUCGUUCGUGGAAGUGUACAAUGAGACGAUUAACGACCUGCUUGGAGAUGCAAAGUCUUGGGAUGAAGGGGAAGAUCUCGGCGCCAGCAUAAGAGGGAAGAGGAAGGAGAAGCACGAGAUUCACCACGAUGCCAUCACUGGCAGAACGACGGUCACCAACCUGUCUUCAGUCAUGCUGUGGCCGCCGCCAGAGAAUGACGGGCAAUGGCCUCCUGCUGCACCAACAGGCUCGCAGCCGGCCGAUCUGGGGACCUCUUACACUGAGAAAGCUGUGCAGCAGCUGCUCGAUACGGCGGCCAAGAAUCGCCGCGUCGCAGCCACCAAGUCGAAUGAACGCAGCUCGCGUUCGCACAGUAUCUUCAUGCUAACACUGCAUGGCCGCUGUGCAGCAACAAACGCGAGCAGCGAGGGCGUGCUCAACCUCGUGGACUUGGCCGGCAGUGAGCGCUUGAAGCAGUCCGGCGCAGAGGGCAGUCGUGCAAAGGAGACAGCUGCGAUCAACAAGUCACUUUCUUCUCUUGGAGAUGUCAUUGCCGCUUUGGGUAAUAAGAAGGGUGAUGACAGUCACGUUCCGUAUCGGAAUAGCAAGUUGACUUACCUGCUGCAAUCUUCUCUUGGCGGUACUGCGGCGAACGGCAAGAGCAGCCGAACACUGAUGUUGUUGCACCUGUCGCCCUUGCAGGCGCAUUGGCAAGAGAGCAGGAGUAGCCUGCUGUUUGGAAGCAAAGUGCAGGGCACACACAUUGGUGCGGCAAAGAAGCGGUAG